AUUUUUCCCCCUCUAUCUAUGUCUUCCACCAUUGUCAUCAAGGAUAAAACCCCCAUAUUGACCACUUUCCUCCUCCCGCUCCUCAAUGCUCAUACUUCUGCCAAUCCAGCCGCCUCUUCCCCGCCCUUCUUCCUCGGUAUUUCGGGCCCACAGGGGUCCGGAAAAUCUACCCUCGUGUCUGCUCUUGCCAUUACUCUUCGGACUUACCCACAUUCGUUGAACGUAGUUGUAUUCUCCGUCGACGACUUGUAUCUUACACAUGCUGACCAAGUUGCGCUGCGCGAGCUGUAUCCGGACAAUAAGCUGGUUCGGCAUCGGGGUGAGCCCGGGACUCAUGACAUAGAAAUGGCCAAAAAAGUUUUCCAAUCCCUUCAUCAUCAACAGGAAACCAAGAUUCCCUCCUAUGAUAAGUCUGCGUACGAGGGUCAAGGUGAUAGGGCCGAUGAGGCUUCCUGGGAAAUGGUCAGUGGCCCUUACGACUUGGUGAUAUUUGAAGGUUGGUGUGUAGGCUUUAGGCCUCUCCCAGAUGAUGUUGUGGAGGAAGCAUGGAAUGGGGGUAGGACUUCAGGAAAAGGCACGCUGGGAAAACAUUCACUUGAACACCUUUUGUUUGUCAACACCAAGUUGAAGGAUUAUGGCACGAUAACUGACAAAAGUGACGCCGAAGAUAUAUCUUGCGUUUACGACUGGCGCAUCGAACAAGAACAUGACAUGAUUUCCUCUCGCGGCCGCGGAAUGACAGACGAUCAGAUAAUUGAGUUUGUGAACGGCUACAUGCCUGCAUACGAGCUUUACAUUGAUAACUUGCGACAAGGCUCUUUUGAGGAAAAAGGCAAGCAGUUGAGAGUGGUAAUUGGGAAAGACAGAAAUGUCGUUAAAGUCGUGAAUAUUUAG